AUGAAAAAUAACUUAUUUUCUAAAUACCCAUUCAGCCCUUCUAUUUCAAAUACUGCAAAGAAUUCCUCGCUCGGUGACCCAAAAAGUGAAGACAAUCCUUAUCAGAUAAAACAUAAAGUCAUUAUUUUAGACCAGCAAUUAACUACAAACGAGCCUGAAAUGCUUGAACAAGACAGCAGACCUGAACCAGUUUAUUCACUUAACGGUCCUGAAGUUGAUACGAUGUUUCCUUUGAGUCACAGAGGUGUGCAUUCCAUAUUUGAUAAAGAUAAAAUAGAAAGAAACGGUAGCAAUAGAAUAUCUAUCAAAAUACCCCGUGAAUGGCUGGAUGGGAAGUAUAAUCAUGUAAAAACCCAGUUGAUCAAAGGGCACAACACAUUUACAUUUGAAAUGAAAAGAGAUUCGCUGAACAUUUCUAUUGAAUUUUAUUGCGUUGAUGUUAAAAAGACGCUUGAAUUUAUAUGUACAACUUAUGAUUUAAUUUUUAGUGAGCCUGGCGAAAGUGGAGAUGUUGGUCUAAAUUCAUAUGCCCACUCUAAAUGUCGAAAUACAUCAACUUUUGAAAAUAGCGGCUCCUUGACUGAUAAUAUCGUAGCAGAUAUUAAAAGUAUUAGCACGGCUUGCCGUUCUGUCGAUCAAUGCAUGCCAAGAUUUAACGGUAGUCUGUCUGUUUUGAACUUAGAAAAUAUAAAAAUAUCCAACAGACUCUUCAAGACGGAAGUCACAAGCUUUCUCCACGUGAAUUUCCUUCUAAUGAAAAUUCUGUAUUCUAAGAAAUAUAACGGAAUUUUGAGAACCUAUUCUUGUAAAUUAGUUCAGAUUUCGGGAGGUAAUAUGACACGCAUAGCAAUAUAUGGUGAAAGCAGACAGCAUGUAAACAACUGCAGAAGGGAGAUAGAAGAAAUGUAUUAUUCAAAUAUUCUUGUUAACGUGGAAUGUGAUAGCCUUGUUAAUCAACAUAAAGGAUUAGGUAUGAUCGAUAGCUGCCAGAAGAAUAUAUGUAAAGCUUUUAUAGAGAUUAUCAUGGCAAAGGCUGGCCAUAAUAUGCUAUUUGGAGAUGUAGAUGAACUUUUUGAAAGCUUCGGAGCUGUCCACAAAUGCACCGUAAAUCUACUUGUAAAUUCUGAAACGGGCAAUUUCAUUUGUGGAAAGAAAAUGGGGAAAAUUCAUAAAAUUGCCUGUCCAUACUUAAAAGUACUUUUAAUUGACACAUUUAAGUCUGGUUUUGAGGAGCCUGAGUCUUUCUUCAAUUUUAAAAUGCAAGGGCCAACCAAUGCAUGCAUUGGCUGCUACAGACAACUAUUGGAUGAGUUCCCUUAUGAAAUGUGCUUUAGUGUUGAUAGAAAAUAUCAUAAGAAGAUCAUCGGGGUGGAUGGUUGUGUUAUUCAACGAAUAAUGAAAAAGUAUAAUUUUUAUGUAAAGUUUCUCAGUUCCAAAGAAACCAAACUGCUGGGACUUGAGAACAAUGUGAUUUUAAGAACGCCCAGGAAAAACAAGGAGAUGCUAAGUAAGGCUAAAAUGGAGAUACUUAAAUACGUUGGCGAGGAGAAUAUUAUUGGAAAUGUAAAUUAUGUAUCUAUGGCAAAUAAGGGUAUUUUAAUGAGGAACGGCAACAACUUAAAAGACAUGGAACAAGAGCAUGGUAAAAUUGGCAUUGAAUUAGAUGCCGAAAUAUCCUUUGAAAGCAUAAAAAAGGCUGUUGAAAUGAAUAUUCAAAAGGAGAGGUGGUAUUGA